AUGCGAAGAACGAAUUACGCUGCUAGUGCCAUUUAUGUCAGCAAAGCGUUCGACCAGGCAUCAAAGAACUCAACGUUGGAUAUGGCGAACGAUAUAAAAGAAGCGUUCCACGGAAUGCUUGUCGAAGAAGACUGGAUGGACAAUGCUACAAUGAAGGUCCUUUUUCGUAGAACAAAACUCUCCCAAUAA